CGUCCUUCUGACAAAGCGGAACUUUUUGUUUCUGCUCGUGUUUCCAGCCGGACGUGUCGCCGUUGCACGCGGGAAGACUAUGCGAGAUGGCGGUCGACAUCCAGGCCGUGUAGGAACCUUCCAGAUCUGCCUUUUUGGUUACUUUUCUGCCUGACUAACACCAUUCUCUGACCCGAGCCAUGGACGGGGCUAAACCGAGCCUGGCCCUGGUUUACCAGGCAGUCCAGGCCCUGUACCACGAUCCGGACCCAGCCGGGAAGGAGCGAGCGUCGGUGUGGCUCGGAGAGCUGCAGAGAUCGAUGUAUGCGUGGGAGGUCUCAGAUCAGCUGCUGCAGCUUAAACAGGACGUGGAAUCAUGUUACUUCGCCGCACAGACGAUGAAGAUGAAAAUCCAGACAUCCUUUUACGAGCUUCCACCUGAGACCCACAAUGCAUUGAGGGACUCCCUGCUCACACAUAUCCAGAACUUAAAGGACCUUUCACCCAUCAUCGUCACACAGCUCGCUCUGGCAAUUGCAGAUCUCGCUCUUCAGAUGGCAUCAUGGAAAGGAUGCGUUCAAACACUAAUAGAAAAGUACAGCACUGACAUCAGCUCGAUGCCCUUCCUGGUGGAGAUCCUCACUGUGCUUCCAGAGGAAGUUCACAGUCGAUCGUUGCGAAUCGGAGCCAAUCGCAGGACAGAGAUCAUUGAAGAUCUGGCCUUUUACUCCACCACAGUGGUCACUCUGUUGACCACGUGCGUGGAGAAGACUGGUGACGAUGAGAAGAUGCUGAUCAAAGUGUUCCGGUGUUUGGGCAGUUGGUUCAACCUUGGAGUCCUGGACAGUAACUUUAUGGCCUCAAACCAGCUCUUCAUGGUUGUCUUCCAAGUUUUGCAAAGGGAUGAAACUUCCACCAACCUCCACGAGGCGGCGUCCGACUGCGUCUGCUCUGCUCUCUACGCCAUCGAAAACGUCGACACGCACAUGCCGUUGGCCGUGCAGCUGUUCCGCGGCGUCCUAACGCUGGAGACGGCGUAUCACAUGGCGGUUGCGCGAGAAGAUCUGGACAAAGUUCUGAACUACUGCAGGAUCUUCACUGAGCUCUGUGAGACAUUUCUGGAGACCACAGUCAGGAGUCCAGGUCAGGGAACUGGAGACCUGAGAAUGCUUGAGCUGCUGCUGAUCUGUGCGGGGCAUCCCCAGUACGAGGUGGUGGAGAUCUCCUUCAACUUCUGGUACCGACUGGGAGAACAUCUGUACAAAAUCAACGACCCGGCACUCAACACCAUCUUCAGACCGUACAUCCAGAGACUCCUCCACUGUUUGGCUCGACAUUGUCAGCUCGACCCCGACCACGAGGGCAUCCCAGAGGAAACAGACGACUUCGGAGAGUUCCGGAUGAGAGUGUCUGACCUCGUCAAGGACGUCAUUUUCCUCGUCGGGUCCAUGGAAUGUUUUUCUCAGCUCUACUCAACGUUAAAAGAUGGCAGCCCCCCCUGGGAGGUCACAGAAGCCGUCCUCUUCAUCAUGGCUUCCAUCGCCAAAAGUGUCGACCCAGAAAACAAUCCAACACUGUCCGAGGUGCUGCAGCAGGUGGUUCUACUUCCUGAGAACGUCCACGUGGCAGUUCGCUACACGAGCAUCGAGCUGGUCGGUGAGAUGAGCGAGGUCAUGGACAGAAACCCGAGGUUUUUAGACCCUGUGCUGAGCUACCUAAUGAAAGGCCUCAGAGAAAAACCACUGGCGUCGGCAGCUGCCAAAGCGAUCCACAACAUCUGCUCGGUGUGCAGAGACCACAUGGCACAGCACUUCCAUGGACUUCUGGACAUCGCCCGGGCUCUGGACUCCUUCGCCCUGUCCACAGAGGCUGCCGUAGGGCUGCUUAAAGGCACGGCUCUGGUCCUGGCUCGUCUUCCCCUGGAGAAGAUUGCCGAGUGUCUCAGUGACCUUUGUGCGGUUCAGGUGCUGGCUUUAAAAAAGCUUCUGGCAGAAGAAUCUUCAAACGGCAAAACGGCAGAUCCUACAGUGUGGCUCGACCGACUAGCCGUAAUCUUCAGACACACAAACCCCAUCGUGGAGAACGGACAGACUCAUCCCUGCCAGAAGGUCAUCCAGGAGAUCUGGCCCGUGCUCUCUGACACCUUGAACACAUAUCAGGCUGACAACAGGAUUGUAGAGCGAUGCUGUCGAUGCCUGAGGUUCGCAGUCAGGUGUGUCGGAAAAGGCUCCGCCUCCCUGCUGCAGCCGCUGGUCACACAGAUGGUGAGUGUGUACCAGGUUUACCCACACUCCUGCUUCCUAUACCUGGGCAGCAUCCUAGUGGACGAGUACGGUAUGGAGGAGGGCUGUAGGCAGGGACUGCUCGACAUGUUACAGGCUCUCUGUAUGCCCACCUUCCAGCUGCUGGAGCAGCAGAACGGUUUGAGAAACCACCCCGACACUGUGGACGACCUGUUCAGGUUGACGACCAGGUUCGUUCAGAGGAGUCCCGUCACGUUACUCAGCAGCAGCAUCAUCAUUCACGUCAUCCAGUGCGCUAUCGCCGCCACGUCAUUGGACCAUCGAGACGCCAACUGCAGCGUCAUGAAGUUUGUCCGAGACCUCAUCCACACUGGAGUGGCCAAUGAUCACGAGGAUGACUACGAGGUGCGGAAGCAGCUGAUUGGUCAGGCCCUGGGGCAGCACGGUCAGCAGCUCAUCACACAGUUAAUGCACUCCUGUUGUUUCUGCCUGCCACCGUACACACUGCCCGACGUGGCGGAAGUCCUGUGGGAGCUCAUGUUGUUCGACCGACCAACAUUCUGCCGCUGGUUAGAAAACGCACUGAAAGGUUUACCGAAGGAGACGUCAGGAGGCGCCGUGACCGUCACUCACAAACAGCUGACUGACUUCCACAAACAGGUCACCAGUGCUGAGGAGUGUAAACAGGUUUGCUGGGCCAUCAGAGAGUUUACCAGACUGUUCCGGUAGCUGCAAUCUUCAUAUGAUACUAGGCUCAAUCUUUCGUUGACCAAUGGUCAGAGGUGACUUCAAACAGCUACAACUGCAGAGUUCAGAGAAACCGUCACCAUGGCGAUGAAGAUGAUCAUGUGAUGAAACUGGAGGACUUACAACAGGAAGAUUCACUCUGAAAGACUGAGGGAGUGACUCCUCCCCCUGACCUCUGACAUCACCUGCUGUUGGGAGAGUCAGUUGGGAGGGGCCUGUUUGGUCUACAGUCAUGGGAAAUCGUGGAAUGUUUUUAAGAGAUUUAUUUUUUGGGACUUGGUCGCAAUGAUGUUUUUGUCUGUGCCAAUAAUGAGCCAAAAAGAAAAAAAAUCCCAUCAUGCUUUUGGCUAAAUGGAUGCCCACGAAAGUAUGAUGGAGAAUUUGGCGUCACCUUUGACCUUUUUAACUUUGGUUGAAUUUUAUUUGAUUUUCCACAAAGUGAGGCAGAGUGAACUGUGGGUAAUGAGAGACUGACGCCAUGACAUCAUCAGUGAUGUAGCCUUGUUGUAAACAAAUAAAAAAAAAUACAACUCAA